AUGGCGACCGAGCAAGCGGCGGAGAACUACACGGUGGAGGACCUCGUGGCCCUGAACCCCUACAACCCCGACAUCCUCAACGACCUCGAGAAGUUCGUCAACGAGCAGGUCUCGUCUCAAACAUAUAACUUGGAUGCAAAUCUCAGCCUUCUUCGCCUGUACCAGUUUGAGCCAGAAAGGAUGAGCAUACAGAUUGUGGCCCACAUACUGAUUAAGGCUCUCAUGGCAAUGCCGGCCCCUGACUUCAGUCUGUGCUUAUUCUUAAUCCCUGAACAUGUGCAAAUGGAGGAGCAAUUCAAGACAUUGAUAGUUCUUUCUCACUACCUAGAGACUGCUAGGUUCAGUCAGUUUUGGGAUGAAGCAGCAAAGAACCGCCACAUAUUGGAAGCAGUUCCAGGUUUUGAACAGGCAAUCCAAUCCUAUGCGAUUCAUGUACUUUCCUUGACAUACCAGAAAGUUCCAAGGCCUAUUCUUGCAGAGGCAAUCAACAUUGAAGGUCUCGCAUUGGACAAGUUUCUUGAGUACCAUGCCGCGAACUCAGGUUGGGUGAUUGAGAAGGGUGGGCAGUCUCAAGUGAUUGUUCUCCCGCGCAAUGAGUUCAAUCACCCAGAGCUCAAGAAGAACACAGCUGAUAUCGUUCCGUUUGAGCACGUAACACGCAUAUUCCCUGUCCUUAGCUGA